GGGAGCAAGAUGGCGGCCGAAGGCUGCCAGGGAGGGACUAGCCGUCCUCCUUUCAGACCUCUGGCCCAGGAGGGGUCCCAAAGUGGCCUCCAUUUUGAGCAUGGCCAAGAACCAUAGGUUUACGUUUCUUUGGGCUCUUGCAAAUCAGUAACAAUGGCAGAAGAGGAACUUCGAGCUAUCAUACAAAGAUGUCAAAUUUUAGACGAAGAGGAAUUUAAAGCGGAAGACUUUAACCUCUUUCAAGUUGCAGGUCAGAAAUGCUUGGAUGAAGAUUAUGUUUCUGAAGUCUUGGAAGUUGUCGAAAAUGAGAAAAAUAGGGUUAUUGUCAGAAGCAUGGGCUGGAAUCUCAUUGGUCCUUUGAUGAGAUGCAUGCUAAAGCAUAAGGAAGGUGAAAUUAAAAGAAAGCAAUGCCUGAAAAUACUAGAGAAGUUGGUAGAGCUUUGCAGUCCAAAAGAACUUGUGCUGGGUUUUCUGGAGCAGAUUGAACGAACUUCUCAAGAGCAAGUGUCCCAAAUUAUCUUGAUUUUGCUAGACCCUUUACACAUAGUACUUUUGAAGCUUGGUAGUAAGAAAGCAUAUUCAGUGGGUUUGUCGCUGUCUACCAUUUUGAGCCAGCUUUCACAUCUCCCAGUACCUUACACAAAAAAACAACUUGAAGAAGAUGAACAUGGUCUCUGCCAGUGCUGCAAUGCUUUACCAUGUUUUGUUAGACCUUUUGUGGAUGAAGUUGUCCUCCACGUGGAGGACUCAUCGGAUGGAGAUUGCAAAGAGCUGAAGAAGGAGUUGCUAGCAUUUUGCCUGAAUAGCAUAAAAUAUCCCUUGCUAGUGGCAGAGCUUGAUGAUGUGCCUGAAGAAGGAGCCAAGAAUCCCUUCAGGCAGUUUGCUGCUGAUAUACUAGACAUUUUGCAGGAUAUUAGACUAUUGUUUCCAAAAAUGUUCUCCCAAUACAGAUGUAGAAGUGAUAGCUGGGAUGAUGACUUAUCAGAAACAGAUAAGGAGCAGCAUGCAGAUUCUUUUGCCUGUUUGUCUUACAUGGUGUUUGUACAGAACAGCUUUGGUGUUAACUGCUUUCCAUUAGUUUUCAGCCCGUCAUACAUUCUUCAGUGUAACAUGGUGCACAUUCGAGUUCUGUUGAACAGGCAAGAAGAACCUGUUUUAUCAAAAGGACUUGCUCUGUUGGAGAACUGUCUAAUGAGGCUGGAAAAUAAUAGCCUUCUCACUGAAUCCUUGGACUUCAAAGUCUUUGUUACAACAUCUGAGGAUUUGGUAAAAGUCGCUACAAUGUGCCCUUUUGAAUCCCUGAGAAAGAAGAGUAUUAAAGUUUUACAGCUGUGCAUAGACAAGUUUGAAGAAGAAGGAAAAUACAUAUUGUUCAGGUGUUUGUUGCAAACAAGUAACCAUUCUGGUGUGGAAGGAUUCAUCAUUCAAAACAUUAAAAACCAGAUUGAUUUAGCCUUACGGAAACCAGAAGGCCAUAGUUUUUUUAUUGGGCUUUCAUUGAUCAAACUACUAGACAGAGUGUUACUUCUUCCUGAAGGUGCUUCAACUGAUCUACUUCAGAACUCAGACAGAAUUAUGGCAGCACUAAAUCUACUGCGAUAUAUAUUCAUUAUAGAUAAGGAAGCAGAAAAUCGAACCUGUGUAUGGACAGAACUUUUCAAGAUUCAGCAGACUUUCAUGAAGCCUUUACACACUGGACUUUGUCUGUCACGAGCACACUACAAAGCAGAAAUAAAAAAUAGAAAGGAAAACAAAGGAGAGUCCUCCACGUCUACGGAAUCUACAUCUAUAACAGUAGGUGGAAAAAAGAUGGCUAAACUGACUUCUCAAAUGGAGCUUCAGGUUCUUCAAUCAGCACUUGUCACUUUUGAUUUAAUGGAAAGCAUUCUGGCCAGAGUAGAAGAACUCACAGAUACUCUUGCGUACUGAACUGUUGGGAUCAAAUAAAGUGUUUUGUCUCCCUCACCCUAAUAUUUCAUAUCAUGCACUGUAUUUAUAUUUCUGACACUGAUUUGAAAAUACAAAGUACCAAACUUUAAAUGUAUCCUGAGUAGUGCUUUUAUAGACUUCUAGAAAAGAAGUCCAAGAAAAAUAUAAUGUAGGUAGAAAACAACCUCGGGACUAAGCUUGUUUGGCAUAUUUGCUAAAUACAUAAACACAUUUAAGUGUGUCUCCACCUCUGUUGAACCAGACGGAUCUGCUAAACCAAUCCAGUGAUCUGAGCUAUGCUUCUCACAAGGAGCAUGCAUAACCAGGGCAUGAAUAACAUAAUAGGCUUUGUGUAAUGUAGCAGUCUUUCACCUGAUGUGACUUAAGAUGUGUGAUUGGGAAUAUUACUGGUAGGCUCACAUAGUUUUAUUCAGUGUGGUGGAGCCAGACUUACUGAUACACAAACUUUAGAGAAAGUGAAGGGGGCAAUUUUUCUUAAUCCUUGAAAAUAUAAUCCACAUGAAUGGCAAGCCUUCCAUAUAGGGAUGGGUGAGUAAAAAUGCUUUCAUUCCCUCCCUAUUCCUUCAAUGGAAGGUCCUCUGCUGUAUCUCAGUCUAUACUGUGAGUGGGAAGAGCCCUUCUGUUCAGUCAGUCUGACUGAAUCACUUACAGUUAGGCUGCAGUGCAGAGAAAAGAUCCACAAAACUUACCAGUUAUUACAGAACCUAAAUGGCACAGUUUUAUAUACACCUUGUGUUGGCACUAGUAAUUACCACCAGAAGUGCACCGGUUGUGGAAUUUCAAGAUAGGGUUAUAACCUCCAAGCAUUUCUGAAAGGAGCAUCAGACACAACAUUAAGAAUGGUUAAAAAAAAACAUUAAGCAUGGUUGGAAAAACUAAUGAAAAGUUUGUUUGCUUCUGAUAUGAGAUACCCACUAGAAAAAUAAGAGCAAUCAGGAAUGUCUCCAGUAAGUGGAAUGGAGGAAACAACAAAUAAGCAUAGGCUUCUGCUGUCAUAAAAAAGACAUUCUAGACCUGUAGUAUGCAAACAGGAAAUUUACUCUAUCUUGAGAGAUACAGAGAUAAGUGAAAUAUAACAUGGGUCCAAAACACAGUGCAGAAAUAAUCCAGUUUGAAAUUGCUUUUAGUACCCUGACUCAGUGCUAGGGAAUUCUGUGAACUGCAGUUUUGUGAGACAUUUAGCCUUCUCGGUUCGAGAGCU